CCCUCUCUCUCUCUCUCUCUCUCUCUCGCCUUUUCGUUUCCCUUGUCGGUUCCCUUCCUCUUGCCCGUUCUCUUCUUCGCGUUUCCCAUCUCUCUCUCUCUCACUCUGUCUCCUUUGUUUUACUUCGUUUCCGCCAUCUCUCUAUUCCAUUCUCUCUGGAGAAUUUCGUCGAGCAGCUUCUCUGCGAAGCGGUUCUCCACCGCAGAAGCCGCUUUUCUCCGCAGCAAUCUAGGGCUCCGGCUCCUCUCGGAGCGUCCUAUGAAGUGAUCGAUAGGGUUUUGGUGGUGGUGGGAUAUGGGGAGGGUAGGGUUCGGUGUGGCGGUGGGGUGCGCCGUGGUGAGCUGCGCGAUCGCGGCGGCGCUGGCGUGGCGGAGGGCGCGGGGGCGGGGGAGGUGGCGGCGCGCGGCGGAGGUGGUGAGGGAGUUCGAGGAGGGGUGCGCCACCCCGGUUGCGAGGCUGAGGCAGGUGGUGGACGCGAUGGUGGUGGAGAUGCACGCCGGGUUGGCCUCCGAUGGUGGGAGCAAGCUCAAGAUGCUCCUCACCUUCGUCGACUCCCUCCCCGAUGGGACGGAGGAAGGUACAUACUAUGCUCUUGAUCUCGGAGGUACGAAUUUCAGAGUCUUGCGAGUUCAGCUAGGUGGUAAAGGGUCUCUGAUCUUGAAUCACCAAGUUGAACGGCAACCAAUUCCUCAUGAAUUGAUGACUAGUUCAAGUGAGAACCUUUUUGAUUUCAUUGCACUGACACUAAAACGGUUCGUUGAAAAAGAAGAUGGUUCUCAACACCACUCAGAUGAUGAAAGGGCGCUUGGCUUUACAUUUUCUUUUCCUGUUAGACAAACUUCUGUUGCUUCAGGUGUUCUUAUAAAAUGGACCAAAGGUUUCUCAAUUGAAGAUACUGUUGGAAAAGAUGUUGCUCAGUGUUUAGAGGAAGCAAUGACAAAGAGGGGACUGAAUAUGCGUGUUGCAGCCUUGGUGAAUGAUACAGUGGGCACACUAGCUCUGGGUCAUUAUUAUGAUGAGGAUGCAGUGGCUGCUGUUGUUAUUGGAACUGGCAGCAAUGCUUGUUAUGUGGAACGUACUGAUGCAAUUAUCAAGUGCCAAGGGCUUACAAAUUCUGGAAGCAUGGUUGUCAACAUGGAAUGGGGCAAUUUCUGGUCAUCGCAUUUACCAAGAACUUCUUAUGACAUAGCUCUGGAUGAUGAAAGUCCAAAUCCAAAUGAUCAGGGCUUUGAGAAAAUGAUCUCGGGUAUGUAUUUGGGUGACGUUGCAAGAAGGGUGCUUCAGAGGAUGGCGCAAGAAUCAGAUAUUUUUGGUGAUACACCUCAGAAUUUAAAUGUACCUUUUAGUUUAAGGACUCCAUUGAUGGCUGCGAUGCACACAGAUGAUUCUGCUGACUUGAGAGAAGUCAAAACGAUAUUGCAAGAAUAUCUCCAUAUCUCAGAUGUCCCUCUGAAGACACGAAGGCUUGUCGUUAAAGUAUGUGAUAUAAUCACCCGAAGAGCCGCUCGUUUAGCUGCAGCUGGUAUUGUGAGCAUACUGAAGAAAAUUGGUCGAGAUGGAAGAACGAAAGGCAAGCCGAGGAGAACGGUUGUUGCGAUUGAGGGCCCCCUCUAUUCAAGCUAUGCAAUCUUCCGGGAUUAUCUAAAUGAGACUUUGGUCGAGCUGUUGAGCGAAGAGGUGGCUCAGAAUGUUAUUCUCAAGGUCUGUGAGGAUGGGUCGGGACUAGGUGCGGCUCUUCUUGCUGCAGCACACUCGGUAGAUAGAUGAAACAUCGUACAGAACUUUAAAAAAGAAAGAAAUAUGUGCAAAAUUGUACAGGAAAAAAAAAAUCUGUUUCAUAACUUAUAUCUGUUGUGAAGAAUAUGUCAGUUUCUUGUAUAGUGCUGAAGCUACAUUCUUUCUCCCUUCAAUGACCUUACUUACCUGUAUCUUAAAAGGCUCAUUUAGAUGCCUUUACGAGGCGAUUGACCUCGAUAACAAUGUGAAUGAAUCGCUGUGGAUGUACAGUUAUUUAA